AUGAAUCCGAUUUGCAAGGAAAAUAUCAACAGCGCGGAGUGCCAGCAGUGGAUCAGCGAGGUGUACGCGCACUGCGAUCGCCUGCUGGCCGACAGUCAGCUGGAGUUCUGGGACGAAUGGUGGCUCAAUGGGCAGCCGGUGGUAUCCUACCAGGUGCCGCACCUAAUGUCCGCCUCCGAGUGCCAUACGCUGAAGAAGCAGAUCGAGCGAGAGAUCGCCGCUGCCGCAGCCGCCAGCCUGAAGCCGGAGCUACGCUUCGACCUGGAGAACAUGGACUCCAGCUGGCGCUUAGUCAUCGUCGUAUUUGUGUUGUGCGCAGCGCUGGGCAUCAUUGGCGCCAUGGUCUGGCUGCUGAACAACACGCUGAGUCGCAUUGCGAGGCCCGAUUGCGGGGACUGCGAAUAUCAAGGCGCUGGCUUCAGAGCAAGCAGGCAGUCGCCCCGAUCUUUCAUCUCCUUUGGCAACCCCUGCCAUCCGAAGACCCGCUAUGGGCCCUAUCGGCAUAACAGACUCGUUGUGCCACGUGGCGCCUGCAGGGCCAUCAGGCGAUAA